AUGGUAGCUGCAAACACCACCGAUGGAUUCACAGUCCCUAGCCCAAGAAGGUCGGCACGUUUGGCCACCGUGGAGCCUCUGAGCCCACAAAAGAAGAAACCAAUGAGUCCUACGGAGAAGAGGGCCCACGACUUAAGAAACACCCCUCGAGAUGACAUGGACUUGGACGUGGAUGUUGCGGACAAGGAGAACACGGCUACGGCGGGGACUAACGGUAGUGAAACUCGUGUGACGGCUAGUGAUCAGAUGGAUGUGGAUUCAUCCACCCCACACCCAACUGGGUCUCCUCCCAAGACUCCACCCUCACGAAAAAAGUCUAGUCCCAAGAAAACCAAAGGGAAGAAGAAGGCAGCUUCGCCGGUCCCAAGCAACGAGAAUAGCAUUGGCUUCAGUCCCUUGUCUGAGUCUCACACUGGAGAGCGGCCGAUGACGUCAACCCCGGCCGCACAGGCGGCUGGCGAGUUGUUAGAAUUCGACUUCAACACCCUUGACCAGUCGAAGAAGGCUCUGCCCAGCGACUUGGAUGCUCUUGUCAACGAAUUGGUUCCUAUGCAAACGGCUGCAAAGGCCACUCGUCCCAUCAACAAGGAGCCUGCUCCAGUUGAGUCAAACUCUGCACCUCAUCCGCCGAAACCAGUACCUCGAAAGAAACAGGUCAGCUUGUUCAUGCCGCACUCCCUCUCAAAUCAGGUCCGCCACAAUCUGCCAGGGGAAACUCAGACAUUGGCUCAAUUGGACCGUGAAAUGCAAACGAUUCAGCUCCCGGACGCAGCAGCAUUGGCUUUGAUGAGUGUGAAGGAACUGCAAAAGAUGAAGGAAUCUUUGAAGAAGGUCACGGACGCACAGAUACUUGCUUUCAAGGAAAUGAGGAGUGCUAGUGGGAUGGUAGCCUAG